UCAAUUAUUGACAAGAUUUUCAGUUCAAAGCGUCGCGAGAGAGGAAGCCCAGCCUCGCAUCAUGAUCAUGAUAUAUUCAAAUCAGAUAAUUAUGGAGACGAUCUUGAAAUCGGAAAGGGCUCACGUCAAGGAGAAAAGCUCUCAUGGGGUCGUCCCCUCUUGGGAGUAGGAGUUUCACAGGGAUCGAAUGCCCAAACCUAUCCACUCUUGAAGACUCCUCUAUGGCACCGGCAACUGUACAGCUUCAAGAUAUCCGGAUAUUCGUAGCGACGUGGAAUGUUGGAGGAAAGACACCCAACAAUGGCCUCAACCUUGAAGAGCUUUUGCAGGUGGAGGGCGCUUCAGACAUAUAUAUAUUGGGGUUUCAGGAGAUUGUUCCUCUAAGCGCUGGAAAUGUUCUAGUGAUUAAAGACAAUGAACCUGCCGCAAAAUGGCUGGCCCUUAUAAACCAAGCACUUAAUAGACCACAGCAUGACUCUAUUUACUCUUCUUCUUAUUUAGGCCCUAAUUCCAUAGUCUCAGACAACAUCCCAAAGGACUCGAAGGCCCCAAGCAGUCUUCACUUCUUCCAGAAGCCUUCUCUCAAAGUCCUUAGUAGGAAUCUAAGGGCGGAUAAAAACCUUAUCAAGAACUGCAACUGCCCUGUGGACUUGCACUCCCGGGAGAAGUGGAGGCCAGACAAGCAUAUUGAUUCCCAUGGCAGAUUGUACACAGAAUCUGCUCAUGAUAUUGGUCGCGAUAGUAUUGUGGACGAUUUACUUUCAGUUGCAGAAAUACCUUCCUCCCCAGGCAAGAUGAGUUACUUUCUCAUAGAAAGCAAGCAAAUGGUCGGGAUUUUCCUUUCUGUAUGGGCUAGGAAGGAAUUAGUUCCACAUAUUGGUCAUCUCAGAGUGUCUUCGGUGGGAAGAGGAAUAAUGGGCUGCCUUCGAAACAAGGGAUGCAUAUCAAUAAGCAUGUCAUUGCACCAAACAAGUUUUUGCUUCGUGUGCAGUCACUUGGCUUCUGGGGAGAAGGAGGGUAAUGAGCUGAAGAGGAAUGCUGAUGUGGCUGAGAUCCUGAAGAGUACACAGUUUCCUAAGAUUUGCAAAGACCCUAAUAGUCGAGUACCAGAAAGAAUAAUUGAACACGAUCGAAUAAUAUGGCUUGGAGAUUUGAAUUAUCGGGUAGCUCUGAGCUAUGAUGAAACAAGGGUUCUGUUAGAGGAUAAUGACUGGGACACCCUCCUCGAGAAGGAUCAGUUGAAUAUAGAGAAGGAAGCAGGAAGAGUAUUUAGUGGAUUUAAUGAGGGACGGAUCUUGUUUGCCCCCACCUAUAAGUAUUCACUUAAUUCGGAUUCCUACGCCGGGGAAACAGUUAAAUCCAAGAAGAAACGCCGCACCCCUGCAUGGUGCGACAGGAUAUUAUGGCAUGGUAAUGGCAUUGAACAAUUAUCUUACAUUCGAGGAGAAUCAAGAUUCUCGGAUCACAGACCUGUGUGUGCGGUUUUCUCAGUGGAGGUAGAAGUAAGAAACAAAAAUAUUAAUAGGUUCAGAAAGGAUUUUUCAUGCGCUGGCAAAAGAAUGGAGUUUGAAGAAGACUCGUGCAUACCUCCGAGGCACUGCUUAUAUGAGUUCUGAUUUUCUCUUUCAGAGAAAAAACUCAGAAAGUCUUUAUAUGCGAUCGAUCGAUCAAUCCAAAGCAGUUCGAAGCAGCUGAUCACUUUAAAAGCUUCAUACAGCAAAAGAAAAUCACUUGGGCUGCCCAUGUUAAAUGGUAGACCAGCUUAUCUACCCAAAGACAAGUUCCCAUAAGAUGAUUAGGCGGCUGGAAAACAGAAAACCAUUCCGUAUAGAGCAAUUUUUCCAAGGUGAAAUUGAAAGCUUGGAGAAACCACUUCACGAUAAGGGUUGAAUCAGUCUCAACCAUCGGGUUGGGGACUUGUAAAUAUGAGUUAUUCUCGAAUAUCCAAUUCCGCUUUAAGUCCUUCAAAAAGUUUUCUUUCCAGAAGCAAAA